AUGUCAGAUUCUAACACAACCGACUUCACCAACUCCUCCACCUUCAUCCUACUGGGCAUUCCUGGCCUAGAGGCAGCCCAUGUCUGGAUCUCCAUUCCCUUCUGUGCUAUAUACGCCAUAGCCGUGUUUGGGAACUUCACUAUCUUGUUCAUCGUGAAGAGGGAGCCCAGCCUCCAUGGGCCCAUGUUCUAUUUCCUCUGCAUGCUGGCCGUCACCGACCUGGUCAUCUCCACCUCCACUCUACCAAAAAUGCUGAGCAUCUUCUGGUUUAACUUGAGGGAGAUCAGAGUCAGUGCCUGCCUCACCCAGAUGUACUUCGUUCACUGCUUCUCAGUGAUGGAGUCUGGAAUCCUCGUUGCCAUGGCUUUUGAUCGCUAUGUGGCCAUCUGCAAUCCUCUGACAUAUUCAACGACCCUGACAAACUCUGUUGUGGUCAAGAUAGGCCUGGCCGUGGUGCUGCGCAGUGGCAUAAUCACAUUACCCUAUCCCUUCCUGGCGAAGCAGUGGCCAUAUUGCAGAACCAACAUCAUCCCCAACUUCUAUUGUGGGCAUAUAGCUGUGGUGAAGCUGGCCUGUGCUGACAUCCACAUCAGUACUUACUAUGGGCUGUUUCAGCUUUUCUCUGUGAUCGGAAUGGAUGUGUGUUUUAUUGUCAUAUCCUACAUUCAGAUCCUCCGGGCCAUCUUCCGCCUCCCCACAAAGGAUGCCCGGCUCAAAACUUUUGGGACCUGCAUCUCUCAUCUUUGUGCAAUCUCAGCUUUGUAUAUUCCAAAUUUAGUGUCCCCUCUCAUUCAGCGGUUUGGCCACAAUUUGCCACUGCAUUUCCUCGUUCUCAUUGCCAGUGUGUACCAGCUGGUGCCCCCCAUGGUACACCCUGUCAUCUAUGGGUUGAGGACCAAACAGAUCCGGGGCAGGCUGCUCCAGGUCUUUACUAAUAAAGAGAUCUAA